AUGUCAACGAGCACAACUGCUGGAGCUACGGGGUUUGGACCGACGCGCCAGAUGCUAGAGACUGUGGAGGAUCCUCGGCUUCUGCAUACACCGCAAGAGGGAAGCCGAGGUGGAGGAAAGAAGAGGUUUCUGGUCGUUGAAGAGUACGAGGAAGCAGUGCAGAAACCUCCGGAAAACCCUGCAACUUUCGAGAGCGGCACCCCGUACGUGUACGGAUUAUUCAAGAAAGAAGACCACGACUACUGGAACGACCUUUUGAAACCCCUCCAAGCACAUGAUAGGGCGCAAUGCAAGAUUUGGGAGGACGAAGUGCAGAACAUCCUAAUCUUCGCAUCACUCUUCUCUGCCGUCGUCACAGCCUUCAUCGUCGAAUCUUACAAGAACCUCAAGCCUGACCCCAACGACGCCACGGUUGUCCUCCUCACACGUAUCGUUGAGCGGCUUGACAGCGUGAUCAACGGUUCAACACUAUCCUUUACGCCCGAUGAACCAGUCCCCUUCUCCCCGACUUCCAUCAGCGUCAACGUAUUUUGGAUCCUGAGCCUCGUCGUCAGCCUAACAACAGUGCUCAUCGGAAUCGUCGCAUCGCAAUGGCUGCGCGAACACCAGCUGCGCCCAGAGCACUUCUCAGCACAGGAGAGAUUUGCGUUGCUUAGCAUGCGGACGGAGAUGAUCGAAAAGUGGCGUAUACCUGCCUUCUUCCUUUCCCUUCCCGUCCUCCUUGAGCUCGCCUUGGUCCUCUUCUUCCUUGGCCUCGCCGAAUUCCUCCGUUCGCUCGACGUUUAUGAAGUUACGGUACCCAUCAUCGUGGCGAUAUCUCUCUCGCUACUAUUCCUUGUCACUACCACGGCCAUUCCGGCGCUCCAAGUCAUAACUGUCCGCUCGACGAGGACUCAAGUCAACAAAAAUGUCCCAAUUCCAUGUCCUUACAAGUCACCUCAAGCUCGACUAUUCCGUCUUCUCAUCUCUUCAAGGCUAGGAAAUUUAAUCGCACAUAUUAUUUUCAUUCCCAUUUACUCUACAAUCACUCAAUCUGUUCAAGCUGCUCGUUCCCUUAAGCUCGGCGGACUAUUCUGGCGAUACAUAUCGCCGUUGAUAGCACCCUUCCGCACCCAGUCUACUCGAAGACGAGUCGGAAAAGCUCGUGCUUUUAUCACCGACCCCAUUGCCUUCAUUCGCGGACAUCGACGAGCUGAAGGUCGUGCUAACUACGAGAUCUACCAACCCAGUUACCCAGAAUAUAAUCCAGCCAACGCUCGGUCAUGGACCGACCUCGAUAUGGAGUGGAUCUCCCUCCGUCGUCACUAUUCGUCGCAGACACUUAUUGGAUGGCAUUGGAGCCCGCUCGACGGCCGAUUCCAAAAGGACUUACAAUACGGACCUUUAUACGACCACCUCCUCGGCAUUGAGCAAGUCUGCGCGCGACAUCGACACUACCCGACCAUCCUUCACUCUGCCUACCACUGUUUCGUGGACUGCAUCUCGACGGACGACAUGAAGCCCGGUCAACCUUCCCUGGAUCGCACGUCCAGGCGUUUCGGAGAUGACUACUACAAGACUGUCAUUGAACUUCUGAGGCUUCGCGGCACCAUUGUCAUUUCAGACAUCGUACCGCAACCACCUAGCCCUGACUUGAUGUACGACGAGGCUGUCGUACUCUUCGUCGAACGUUUUAUACCCGUCCCAGACGAAACGAAGAGAGAGCUUUUGUUCCGGACCCUUAAUCAUGUUUCCGAGAACAGCGGUUCCUGGAAGGCAGGCAAAGACCACCGACUGAAGGGCCUCGCACCUAGUCGAACACGGAUGUACAGUACCUCAUUGCAUGCAUCUCUGCUGCAAGGAGCGGCUGAGGAUGCUGGGCGAAGCAUCAGUAUAAAAUAUGCCCAAUCAUUCUUCAGAAAUAUCGCAGACGGCAAGAUCGACUGGACGGCUCACCAGAUUUUCACCGAGGAUCUUCGCGGCGUCGUGAGCAACUACCUACGUGCCACCUCCGAGUCCGAGUCGCCUUCACCGCCCACCAACGCUGACGACCCAGACGUCGUUUCAUCAGCAGUCUUCGUCCUGGGCGCAAAUCUUAAACGUCACGCAGAGCCAGCUCCACGACCAACGGACCAAGUAGAAGCCCAACGUAUCGAGCGUACGACCGCGCACUCCUUCCUUGGCGCCUGGGCUAUCAUCGAUGGAUACAUUCUCAACCACAGACACCGCCGACUCGUUGUUCCGCGCUCCUUGCUGGAUCUCGCGGCGACGUUCAAGAGUGUCGUCGACGAUAUCAUUGCGCAUCCUGCGGAGGCACGGAAUAAAGCGAUAUUGAGAAUUACGAGUGAUAUAUGGGGCAAGGACGAGAUGUACAUCCUCAGAGAGUUCGAAUUCCACCGAAGGCGGCAGGAGAGCAUCUUGAAUUUGUUGUAUUUGCCUAGCAGCACGGAGCAGGAAACUCCUGCUCUUGCAGACACAGAACCCAGCUCUGUUUCACCUCUUCCUGCUUCUGUAUCGCCUCCACUAUCCACCCAUCUCGCGGACUCUUUGGAAGUUGAACCACCCGUAAACCCGCCUAACGAUGAAGACCAGGGCAAUUCGACCUCGAAACCUCGUAACGACAAGUAUGAUCGUGCAGAAGCGGGAGUUUCACGACAGCGGCCGUCGUGA